AUGGGAAUUGGCGAGGGUGUUGCUAUGCCAGCUAUGAAUAAUUUGUUGUCGAAAUGGAUUCCUGUCUCCGAGAGAAGUAGGUCUCUUGCGUUAGUAUACAGCGGCAUGUAUCUUGGAUCAGUUACAGGUUUAGCUGUUUCACCUGCACACAGCUCACCAGAAGAUGACCCGGGUCUUAGUCUGGGGGAAAGGGAACUAAUUCUAGGUGGCAGCAUAUCUAAGGAACCCGUCUCGGAAAUUCCAUGGAAGAAAAUUCUGACCAAGGCCCCUGUCUGGGCUCUAAUUGUUUCCCAUUUCUGCCAUAACUGGGGAACAUUUAUUCUCUUGACAUGGAUGCCAACAUACUAUAACCAGGUCUUGAAAUUCAACCUCACUGAAUCCGGCCUGCUCUGCGUACUUCCGUGGCUCACGAUGGCCGUGUUUGCUAAUAUAGGCGGGUGGAUUGCUGAUACCCUCAUAAGCAGAGGUCUCUCCAUCACUUCAGUCCGCAAGGGUUCGGAUGCAUUUUCUCAGUCCGGACUCUACUCGAAUCAUCAAGAUAUUGGGCCACGCUAUGCUGGAGUUCUCUUGGGUCUGUCUAACACUGCUGGCGUACUUGCUGGUGUCUUCGGAACUGCUGCUACUGGAUACAUACUACAAAAGGGUUCUUGGGAUGAUGUGUUUAAAGUUGCCGUUGCUCUGUACUUCGUCGGCACAUUAACAUGGAACCUUUUCGCCACCGGAGAGAAAAUUCUGGAUUAG